UUACUAUACACUGGAGGUAUGAGCCAAAACAAACCAUAGUCCAUCAUAGGCAAAUAGAGUUCUAACAUAGUUCCAAUGACCCUAAAGAUGUUCAAAAGCCUCAAAUAGCAUGAUUAUCCAAAUUACUUUGGACAUAAAGUAGAUCUUGUGUGUGUAGUGGCUUAAGUUCAAAAUGUUUAACCAACUAUCUCUAAAAGAGGACUUUUCCAACUUUCAUUUAUUCUUUUAGAUCUCUUUGGAGGUUAAUCAAUAAUUGCAAACUAUACAUAAUAUGAAGGUCAAGAUAUAUAAAAAACAAUAUUUGAAAGAAAUUAAAUAACUACACUUAAGCAACUUAAAUUAGUUAAAUGUAUUCUUGUAGCACAAAAAGAUAAAAAUAUUUAUUAUGAUAUUAAACAUAUAGAAUUAGUAAGUGAUCACAAUUACAUUAUGUAUCAUUUAGCUUCUUGCAUAAAAUAUCAUUGUUAAGUGAUGUAUAACACAUGA